AAGUCAAGGGUUGGUAAGUCUAGGAAGUGGGAGAAAUUGGUCAGCUGCAGGGCCUGUCAUCGUCAGUUACAAGUGGACCGAAAUAAACUACACCACGAAGGUGUUCGGGAGGAACCGAUUGAAAUCUGCAGAUGUCAAUAAAAGGCCACUUCUCCAUGACAGAGGGCAUAGUCAACACAGACCCCAAAGGUUGGGCGGUCUUGAAGGCGAACUGAUGGAGGUGAAGUUAGAAGUGGCGGAGGGAGUGGAGGAAUAGGUGGUUGGAAGUUGUACUGGGGCUCCAGGGGCCGUGGCAGUUGCGUGCCCCUUUGGAGUGGUGACACAACUACAACUCUCACAAGUUGUUAUUUCAGCUGGACGGCCAUCAGACAACUGGGUCAGCGGGGGACGCAAGGACACAUGGGCGCUCACAGGCAGCAGCCACUCCUCUUACCAUGGGGAGUGGAAUUAAGCGAUCUUCCCCCCCCCCCCCCCCACCGCCAGCAAUUAUAUGAGGGCCGUUUGGUCAAAUUUACUCCGUACUGCGCACUGUACUGUAUAUCAGUGCGGGUUAUAGCUGGGGCCCAUGAACCAUGCCCUUCAACCGAAUCCAAUGAAAUUGCACUCUAUCUCCUUGUUAGGAGCAGCCGGACACAGCCCUGUCUUCCCACAGUAAAAUGUUCUCUCGGUUCCCAUUCCCGUUGGUUCCCGCGAAGCCUGUGAAGACAGAGAGAAGGAGCAGCGGUGAACCUUUGCAAUAUUCAGUUGUUUGGAAGUUGUUGAGAUCGGCCCAAGCCCGUUUCUCUGCCGUCUACUCCGUACUCCGUACUCUGUAUCAAGCAAGCCCCAGUUUCGCAACUGGCCGAGCGCUCUUAGGAAGAUCUUCAAUAAUUACCGAUCGGAACACGGGAAGCAAACUUACCUGUACUAUUUCGAUGUCAGUACAGAUUACUGCGGGCGGGAUAAAAAAAGUUCUGAGGCAAACAUUCAAGGCAGUGAGGGCCACUAGUCAUUAUGAUUUUAAUCUUUGUUCACGAGUUUGGGUUCACAGCUGUAGGAUAUCUUUCUUUAAAGUCUCCACAAGCUUCACCUUGAAAGUGAAAUAUUCUGUCAGAAACAAGUUUAACUGGUGGGCCGUUCUGGACUGAAAGCAACAUCACAUCUGUUUCAAUAGUUCGACCUAGUGAACCAAGGAUCAGGGAAAGACGGGAAAUGGGGAGAGAUGGCUUUGUUUUGUCUCUCCAUCCCUUGCAACGGGCAUCGCGGAACGCUUCCAACCAGCUUCGAUCUCACAGGUUCCACUUGCCCACAUAUGAGAGAACAUCACUACACACCUCUCCUGUUUUCUCUGGCUUCCAGUUCCUAGCAACUACCCCCAGAGACGCCUCGCCAAUAUCUUGAGUUAAUGGGCAGUUGUAACAAUAAGCCGCACAUAGAUAACCAAAUUAUACUUGUAUUUUUGCAUAUGCUAUGUACAUGUUUGUUACAGGUGGCAUAUCCCCUCACAGGCCCAGGAUUGAGCAUUCGAGCUUGUUGCUGAGAUUCUUCUUCCUCCUCCAUCCCCUUAUUGCUUUUACAUCGACGUGAGGAAGAAAACUUAGCGGGCGCUUGGGCGCUCUGUAAGCGCCCAGACUAGGAACUAAACCCCAGAAUCGGCAAUUGUUUCACUAUUUCGGCUUAGCCUCGGCUCCACCUGCAGCCACAGCCAAAACCAGAGAAAAAAAACCUCCACCAGCUUUGCUGCGACAAUGUCACCUGGAUAGUUUGCCUUCACGCGCACCUCAACAACUUCAGAACAGCUGCCGCCAUUUCUAAGAUAGGGCACUGCCAAAAUGCCCUCCACAUAUAAGAAAGAUAAACCCUGGGAUACGGAUGAUAUUGACAAAUGGAAGAUCGAGGAAUUCAAACCAGAACACAAUGCCGGCGGCACAUUCACGGAGGAGUCGUCCUUCGUCAGCUUAUUCCCAAAAUACAGAGAAGCAUAUUUAAAAGAAACCUGGCCUAUGAUAACAAGAGCACUGGAAAAGCACGGUAUAGCCUGCACGCUGGAUUUGGUUGAAGGAAGCAUGACCGUGAAGACCACACGGAAAACCUUUGAUCCAGCCGCGAUUUUGAAUGCCCGCGAUUUGAUUAAGCUUCUCGCACGAAGCGUACCAGCACUACAGGCUUUACAAAUCCUCGAAGAUGAUGUAGCAUGCGAUAUCAUUAAAAUCCGAAAUCUAGUACGGAACAAAGAACGAUUCGUGAAGCGGCGCCAACGUAUCCUUGGACCUUCGGGUUCCACCCUAAAAGCUCUCGAACUUCUCUCAAACACCUAUAUCCUCGUCCAAGGAAACACAGUGUCCGUCAUGGGCCCAUAUAAAGGACUGAAAGAAAUCAGAAGGGUGGUGGAGGACUGCAUGAACAACAUUCAUCCUAUAUACCAUAUCAAGGAAAUGAUGAUCAAAAAGGAGCUCGCGAAAGACCCUAAACUUGCAAAUGAAAGCUGGGAUCGAUUUUUGCCCCACUUCAAGAAACGCACUUUAAGCAAGCGAAGGAAGCCGUUCAAGGUCACUGAUAAGAGCAAGAAGGUGUACACGCCAUUCCCGCCACCUCAGGAGAAGAGCAAGGUUGAUCUGCAGAUUGAAAGUGGCGAAUACUUCCUAAGUAAGCAGGCGCGAGAGCGGUCUAAAAAGGAGGAGAUGGUAGAGCGGCAAAGGGAGAAGAGAGAGGAGAAGAAAAAGGAGCUGGAGAAAGAUUUUGUUCCACCCAAAGAAGUGGAUGCGGUUGAGAAAAAGAAAAAGAAGCGGAAACGGCACGAUGCGGAAGGGAAAGAAGGAGACGCAGAGAAAUCGGCUGAAAAGAAACAUAAGAAGUCGAAGAAGAUAAAGCGGGCCGAGUCGGAGGAAUGAUCAUGCUCUAUAUAGUCAUGUUUGCUUGUUUUAUGUUCACUAAUUGGCGCAACGGUGAAACGCCCCAAUUCUGUUACCUUCUCUUUUCGCAUGUCUGUAAAUAUCAUAAGCAUCCUCAUGAGCAUCUUCUUCAUUCCUUCGGGUCGCUAAAUAGUGAUUCCUUUUCAGCCUUGGAUUCAGGAGUCAUGCAACGGAAAGUACUCCUUUAAUUUCUAUCUACCUAGACAAUAUAUAUCGUAUACUUGUGCCUGUUGUAACCAACCUUGAGAUCAAGCAAAUUAAUAUGGCCAACGCUUCCAGACACUCCUGUUCUAGUUCCACGUUCUCACAAUUUCACUGUGCCCCUCUCAAUACCACUCCAAGCCCGUGCAUCCAUCCGCCGAUACCCUUUCGCAGGAUUAAACCAAUACAGCGUAUCAUGCUGGAGUUGCUCUUCUAGAUACUCCUCUUCACCACCCGACUUUACUUCCGGAGGUGGAACGGAAUUCGGAUUCCAGCUUAGCCUUUCCAUAAUGGUUUUGGCCUGCUUGAAUGUGUCCCCCGCUGCGAUGCUGUUUGAGUUUGUUGUGUUAACGAAUUUCAGCCCUUCUGCUCUAUCUGUAUGGUAGUAACGAAAGACUUACCUAUUGGUCAUACGUACAAGACGCGGUAGAGCGCAGGAUGGGACUCCUCUCUUAGCCAGAGCAGAGCCGAGAGAGUUGAUAAAUUCAUCUUCGGACGCUUCCGUGCGUGAGUGUAAGACAAUGAUCGCUCCGCCAGCUGUGCCAUAGUAACUACAUACCUCGAAAAUCAACACGUUGAAUCAAAUCUGCG